UCUCAAUGUUUGAACGUCAAACAUUCCGCGAAAACAUUUCCUUCCCACAACAACAGUUCCAGAAGAAGAAAAAAAAUAAGAAAAAGCAGAGCAAUUAAAAGGAUGGCGUUUAUUAAUACUGAAGGUAAAGGUCUAGUAAUAUCACAACUCAUGAAAUCUUAGAUAAUAAUAAUAAUUACCAGAAUUCAGAAAACAAUUUAGAUGAAUAUUUGUUGUUGAGAGAAAUCAAAGAAAAGAAAAAACAAAAUGAGGUCAUCAACUGGAAGUGCAGCGAAGCUGAUUGUUGAUGCACUUCUUCAAAGAUUUCUUCCUCUUGCUAGACGUCGUAUUGAAACAGCUCAAGCACAGUGUUAGGUUGCCGGCGAAAGGGCAAUGCCAAUGCCAUCUCGGGCAAUGCCGUAAUUUGGUGUGCAGGAUGGAAAGAAAAAUGACUGAAGUGGUUGGAGGGAAUUAUGUUCCUUCCAAAUAUCGGAAGAGAAGGUUUUUUCUUCUAGCAUUGGCAUGGAUGUUACUUAAGGUGAAAUUCUAGCUUAACUUACCAAGUUUGUAAAGUGAUGGAUGGAAUAAGAAAUGUCAAGUUUGCUUAAAGAUGGGGAGAAAGGAAAGGAUAGAUUCACAUAUAUUUGAGUCAACUCUGACAUCACUUGAGAUGCUAAAUUAAGGUUUGAACUUUUAAAAUGCCAAAAUGGGAUAAACUGAUAUGGAUGGAGGAUGGUCACUUGCUUCUUUAGAAUCAUAAAAGUUUGUGAAUGGAUAAAAGGAACGGGCUAUGCAGAUCCUCGGACAUAUGCGAGUAAAGAAGGGUAACCUGGAUUAACAUCACUGUGAUCUAGCUACUAACACAAGGUCAGAAGUGUUAGUACGCGUUGGUCCCAUCACAAACUUAUGCACCACCACCAUCUUGAGAUAGGAGUGGCAUCUUAGGAUUGAACUGAUAUUCUGCUUAUGCAUAAACGUCUGAAGAAGAAUUACUAGUUCUUACCUAUUCAGUUUUUUGGCUUUAGAAGAGACAAUCAUGCUUUUGGUGCUAUACAUCACAUAGAAAUUGCUCAUAUUAGUACUUUUGCAUUUUUAGUCACUCAUGCCUUAUAAACAGGAUGGACAAUACCUACGACCAUCUGACCCAGCUUAUGAGCAAGUUUUGGAUUCAUUAGCUAUGGUAGCUCAACAUACACCUGUCCCUCUUCUUGAAGCGCUGUUAAAGUGGCGAGAAAGUGAAUCUCCAAAGGGUGCAAAUGAUGCCUCUACAUUCCAGAAAAAGCUUUCCGUGGAGUGUAUAUUUUGUUCAGCAUGUAUUCGAUUUGUGGAGUGCUGCCCAGUGGAAGGACUUACAGAGAAACUUUGGUCUGGGCUGGAAAAUUUUGUAUUUGACUGGCUAAUCAAUGCUGACAGGGUUGUAAGCCAGAUUGAAUAUCCCUCAUUGGUUGAUUUGCGUGGACUUCUUCUAGAUUUAGUUGCACAGCUCCUUGGUGCAUUAUCACGGAUCAGGUUUAGUUCUGUAACUGAGCGUUUCUUUAUGGAACUUAAUACGCGCCGUAUUGACACGAGUGCUGCUAGAAGUGAGACGCUUAGUAUCAUUAAUGGGAUGCGGUACCUUAAACUCGGGGUGAAGUCUGAGGGUGGACUUAAUGCAUCCGCUUCAUUUGUGUCAAAAGCAAACCCCCUUAAUCGGGCUCCACAUAAAAGGAAAAGUGAACUCCAUCAUGCUCUAUGUAAUAUGCUUUCAAGCAUACUUGCACCACUUGCAGAUCGUGGAAAAAACCAAUGGCCCCCAUCAGGUGUUGACCCUGCCCUGAGUUUGUGGUAUGAAGCAGUAGCUAGAAUAAGAGGCCAACUUAUGCAUUGGAUAGAGAAACAGAGCAAACAUAUAUCUGUUGGUUAUCCUUUGGUGACCCUUCUUCUUUGUCUGGGUGAUCCACAAACUUUCAAUAACAACUUCGGUUCUCACAUGGAAUAUCUAUAUAAGCAUCUAAGGGACAAGAACCAUCGCUUCAUGGCUUUGGACUGUCUUCAUCGAGUCGUUAGAUUUUACUUAAACGUUUAUGCAGACUACCAACCUAUAAAUCGCGUGUGGGACUACCUAGACAGUGUAACAGCACAGCUUUUAACUGUUUUGAGGAAAGGACUUCUAACUCAGGAUUCCCAACAUGAUAAACUUGUUGAGUUUUGUGUGACUAUCGCAGAAAGUAACUUAGACUUUGCGAUGAACCACAUGAUACUGGAACUUCUGAAAUCCGAAAAUUUGAGCGAAUCGAAGGUUAUUGGCUUACGGGCUUUGCUGGCCAUUUUCCGGUCUCCUACAAAUCCACAGGCUAGCUUGCAAGUUUUUCAAGGUCAUGAUGUUGGUCACCAUGUUCCAAAAGUGAAGUCUGCAAUCGAGUCAAUCUUAAGGUCCUGCAACAGAACCUACUGUCAAGCUCUUCUUACUUCAUCAAAGACGACAAUAGACACCAAAGAAAAAUCUCAGGGACAUCUCUUCCGGUCAGUACUUAAAUGCAUACCGUAUCUGAUUGAAGAAGUCGGUCGAAGUGAUAAGAUUACUGAAAUAAUCCCUCAACAUGGCAUAAGUAUUGAUCCCGGUGUUCGUGAAGAAGCUGUUCAAGUUCUGAAUAGGAUUUUAAGGUACCUUCCCCAGCGCCGCUUCGCAGUAAUGAAAGGAAUGGCCAGUUUCAUCAUUCGGCUCCCAGAUGAAUUCCCUCUUCUUAUUCAAACAUCACUGGGACGCCUAGUGGAACUCAUGCGUUUCUGGAGAGCAUGUUUGUCUGAUGAGAGACUUGAACAUGAUAGUGGUUUUCAGAAUAUGAGAGGGGCUAUCCAAGAAAAUGAAACAAUCUGUAGGCCACCUCCUUACAAUCCUCAGACAGGUGAGGUGGUUGAAUUUCGUGCAUCUGAGAUGGAUGCUGUAGGUCUUAUCUUUCUCAGUUCCGUGGACAUUCAAAUCAGACACACAGCAUUAGAGUUACUUCGAUGUGUUCGCGCUCUGAGAAAUGAUAUAACAAAUUUUUCAGUAAAUGCCCGGUCUGAUUUUAGGUUGAGAGUGGAAGCUGAACCGAUAUUUGUAAUUGAUGUUCUAGAAGAAAAUGAGGAGGACAUUGUUCAGAGCUGCUACUGUGAUUCUGGUCGACCUUUUGAUUUGAGACGGGAGGAUGCAGUUCCUGCUGAUGUGACACUCUAUUCCCUUCUAGAAGGCCCUGAUAAAAAUAGAUGGGCUCGCUGUGUCAGUGAGCUUGUGAAAUAUGCUGGUGAACUUUGCCCGAGUUCAGUGCAGGAAGCGAAGUUGGAGGUGAUGCGGCGGCUUGCUCAUAUUACACCUGCAGAAUUAGGUGGGAAGGCUCAUCAAUCACAAGAUACUGAAAACAAAUUAGAUCAAUGGCUUGUAUAUGCUAUGUUUGCAUGCUCUUGUCCACCUGAAGCUGGUAGUUUGGCAGUAACCAAAGAACUUUACUCUCUCAUCUUCCCUUCACUAAAAUCUGGAUCUGAAGCCCACAUGCAUGCAGCUACCAUGGCUCUUGGCCGAUCACAUCUUGAGGUCUGUCAAAUCAUGUUUGGUGAGCUUGCACUAUUUGUAGAAGAAAUUUCAUCUGAAACAGAAGGAAAGCCCAAGUGGAAGACUCAGAAAUCCCGGAGAGAGGAACUCCGUAUUCACAUUGCAAAUAUAUAUCGUACUGUUGCUGAGAAUGUUUGGCCCGGGAUGCUGAACCGAAAACCAGUUUUCCGUCUCCAUUAUUUGAAGUUCAUUGAAGAAACUAUAAGACAAAUCAUAACAUCAACCACAGAUAGCUUUCAAGAAGUGCAACCUCUCCGCUAUGCCCUAGCGUCUGUUCUAAGAUCACUAGCCCCUGACUUUGUGGAAUCAAGAUCAGAGAAAUUCGAUAUUAAAACUCGAAAACGGCUCUUUGAUCUUCUUCUCUCUUGGUGUGAUGAAGUUGGCACCACAGUAGGUGGUCAGGAUGGUGUAACUGAAUAUCGACGUGAAAUCGACCGUUACAAGCAAGCUCAGCAUGGUCGAUCAAAGGAGUCUGUAGAUAGGAUAUCGUUUGACAAAGAAAUGAAUGAGCAAGUUGAGGCAAUUCAGUGGGCCUCAAUGAAUGCCAUGGCUUCAUUGUUGUAUGGUCCUUGCUUUGAUGAUAAUGCAAGAAAGAUGAGUGGAAAGGUAAUAUACUGGAUCAAUGGGUUGUUCACUGAGCCAGCACCUAGGGCACCUUAUGGGUAUUCACCAGUUGAUUCAAGAACUCCGAGAUACGCGGAUGGAGGGCGUGCUAGUGUUGGGCGUGAUCAGAAAAAGGGCCUGCGGGUUGCCCUAGCUAAAACAGCUCUAAAAAAUCUUAUUCAAACAAAUUUAGAUCUGUUUCACGCUUGCAUUGACCAGUGCUACUAUUCUCAUGCUGCCAUAGCUGAUGGUUACUUUAGCGUGCUAGCUGAAGUCUACAUGCGCCAAGAAAUCCCCAAAUGUGAAAUACAAAGACUUCUUAGCUUGAUCCUCUAUAAGGUGGUAGACCCAUCGAGACAGAUCCGUGACGACGCCCUUCAGAUGCUUGAGACCUUAUCCAUUCGUGAGUGGGCAGAGGAAGGUAUUGAAGGAUCGGGUAGUUACCGAGCUGCUGUUGUUGGCAACCUUCCCGACUCCUAUCAUCAAUUCCAAUAUAAGCUCUCCUGCAAACUUGCCAAAGACCACCCUGAGCUUAGUCAGCUUCUGUGUGAGGAGAUUAUGCAAAGGCAGCUGGAUGCUGUUGACAUUAUCGCCCAACAUCAGGUGUUAACUUGCAUGGCGCCGUGGAUUGAGAACCUUAACUUUUGGAAACUCAAAGACUCGGGUUGGAGUGAAAGAUUAUUAAAAAGUCUUUACUAUGUAACGAUGCGGCACGGAGACCAAUUUCCUGAUGAAAUCGAGAAGCUCUGGAGCACUAUUGCUAGCAAGCCUAAGAACAUAAGCCCAGUUCUGGAUUUCUUAAUUAUUAAAGGGAUAGAAGAUUGCGAUUCAAAUGCAUCUCCUGAAAUAAGUGGAGCGUUUGCAACCUAUUUCUCAGUCGCCAAACGUGUAAGUCUGUAUCUAGCUCGGAUAUGUCCACAACGUACAAUUGAUCACUUGGUUUACCAGUUAGCUCAACGAAUGCUGGAGGAUAGCGUGGAACCGAUAAGGCUUAGCACGAACAAAGGUGAGGCUAGCGGAAAUUUUCUGUUGGAAUUCUCUCAGGGACCGACUGCAGCAUCACAUAUUGGAGCGGUUGUUGAUAGUCAGUCCCACAUGUCACCAUUACUUGUUCGGGGUUCCUUUGACGGUCCACCUAGAAAUACAAGUGGGACCCUGAGCUGGCGAACAGCGGCGGGACACAGCAUCUCAGGCCCGUUAAGUCAGAUGCCUCCAGAGGUGAACAUAGUUCCUGUUGGUGCUACACGAUCAGGGCAACUCCUACCUUCUAUGGUAAACAUGUCGGGACCUUUGAUGGGAGUCCGAAGUUCAACAGGCACCCUACGCAGCCGCAAUAUGUCACGUGACAGUGUAGACUACUUCAGCGACACACCGAACUUUGGUGAGGAUGGAUUACAUUAUGGUGGUGUGAUGCAUGGUGUGAACGCCGGAGAGUUGCAAUCAGCCCUGCAAGGUCACCAACAGCACUCACUAACUCAUGCGGACAUAGCAUUGAUUCUUCUCGCCGAGAUUGCCUAUGAGAAUGAUGAGGACUUUCGGGAGCAUCUACCCUUGCUGUUCCACGUUACAUUUGUGUCAAUGGAUAGUUCAGAAGAUAUCGUGCUUGAGCAUUGCCAACACUUGCUUGUCAAUCUGCUUUACUCUCUAGCUGGCCGCCACUUGGAGCUUUAUGAUGUUGAGAACAUUGAUGGGGAAAACAAACAGCAGGUUGUAAGUUUGAUCAAGUAUGUCCAGUCUAAGCGAGGAAGCAUGAUGUGGGAGAAUGAGGACCCCACAGUCUUGCGAACUGAACUUCCAAGUGCGGCACUUCUAUCUGCUCUAGUUCAAAGCAUGGUUGAUGCAAUCUUCUUCCAAGGAGACCUUCGAGAGACAUGGGGGACUGAGGCAAUUAAAUGGGCAAUGGAAUGCAUGUCCAGGCACCUUGCUUGCAGGUCCCACCAAAUUUACCGUGCAUUACGUCCAAGCGUCAAUAGCGACACAUGUGUCUCACUCCUGCGGUGCCUUCACAGGUGCUUGGGGAACCCUAUACCAUCGGUUUUAGGGUUUUCCAUGGAGAUUCUGUUAACAUUACAAGUAAUGGUGGAGAUGAUGGAGCCAGAGAAGGUGAUACUUUACCCUCAGCUUUUCUGGGGGUGUGUUGCUAUGAUGCACCUGGAUUUCGUCCAUGUGUAUUGCCAAGUCCUUGAGCUAUUUGCUCGUGUGAUUGAUCGACUGUCGUUCAGGGACAGAACAACUGAGAAUGUCCUCCUUUCAAGCAUGCCUAGAGAGGAGUUAGAUACCUCCAACAUGGGUGAACUUCAAAAGAUGGAAACAAGGAGGGCAGUAAGUGAACUUCCUCCUAGACCUAGUGGUAGAGUACCAACUUUCGAAGGGGUACAGCCUCUUGUGCUUAAAGGGCUUAUGUCAACUGUCAGUCAUGGGCACUCUGUCGACGUGCUUUCGCGGAUUACAGUGCACUCAUGUGAUUCCAUAUUUGGGGAUGGAGAAACACGGCUUCUGAUGCACAUUACAGGCUUGCUUCCAUGGCUUUGCUUGCAGCUCAACAAGGACUUGCAACUCUUUCCUGCUUCUCCGCUCCAACAACAGUACCAAAAAGCUUGCUCUGUUGCAGCCAAUAUAUCAGUCUGGUGCCAUGCAAAAUCACUGGAUGAACUAGGGGCAGUAUUUUUAGCCUACUCUCGAGGCCAAAUUGCAUCCAUGGAUAACCUACUAGCUUGUGUUUCACCAUUAUUAUGCCACGAAUGGUUCCCAAAGCACUCAGCUUUGGCUUUUGGGCACUUGUUACGGCUUCUGGAGAAGGGCCCCGUGGAGUACCAACGUGUAAUUCUGCUAAUGCUUAAAGCUUUGCUACAGCACACGUCAAUGGAUGCGGCUCAAAGCCCACAUGUAUACGCGAUUGUCUCACAACUUGUGGAGAGCACGUUAUGUUGGGAGGCAUUGAGUGUGUUGGAAGCCCUUUUGCAGAGCUGUAGCACGUUUACUGGAGCUACUCCUCCACACGUCCUAGGGACAACAGAGAACGGUGAAGAGAAAAAACUUGUUCCUCAGACCUCGUUUAAGGCUCAUAGUGGGCAGUUGCAGUAUGGUAUUGUUGGAAUGGGGGGCACAAACAGUGUUGGUGGUGCAACAGAAUCAGGGGGAUUGCCACCGAGGGAGUUGGCUUUGCAGAAUACCCGUCUCAUUUUAGGGCGAGUUCUUGAUACUUGUGCACUUGGGAGGAGGAGAGAGUAUAGAAGGCUUGUCCCCUUUGUGACCACUAUGAGGAAUCCAUAGAUGUGGCUCUGUAGUUCGUAACAACAGCCUCAAAGUUACAUACUACAGAGAGACACAUCAGGAUUGCGUGCAUUUUAGUUUCUCAGGUGGUCUGUGACAGGUCUGGUCUGCCUAAUUUCCAUGACCGGUGAUGUUCUGCAUCAAAUGAUGCAUCCCGUUGUCUUUGCUUUUCCUUGUAAAUAAAUCUGUAGGAGGUAAGGUUCAUUAUGCCCUUUCCUGCUACUUGUAAAUUUUUAUCAUUCAUUUUCAAGAACUUUUUUUCUUUCCUCGGA